AUGAAUGAAUCAAAUGAUGAUCAAAAAUUUGAGGGUUAUGAAUGUACAAGAUGUCCAGAAAAUGUUAAAUUACUGGGUUACAAAAUUAUUGACAAACAAAAAAAUUAUCAACGAACUUCGUCAACCAAGAGAAAAAAGGCACAAACUAAUAUAAUAAGCUACUUCAAAAAUGAUGAGCCACUUCUACUUUUUGAACAGAAAUUUUUUGGAUCAAGUCAUCGAAUCCGUCUUACACCACGAACAACAUUAUCAGGUCGAAUUUUAAGAGAAGAAGCAAUUAAAGCCAAGACAAAAAUUGAUAAAAUAUUUGGACAAUCAGAAAAUCCAACUUUGUAUUGGCGUGAAUUCCUUGCAGAAUUAAAAGAUUACUCACAAGAUUUUGCUACCGUAGACCUUUUAGUUAAUGAAGUAUUUUCUAUAGUUGAAAAAAUCGGAAUAGAAAAAUUUACAGCGUUGUGUACAGCACAUGUAAUUAAUUUAAUUACGGCUGAUUUUUACAAAAUUCCGAUGGUGGCAAAAUUUAUUGUUGAAUUAAAUAAGGCGAUUGAAUUUUUUAAUGGGUCAUAUAUUUUGCGUGAAAAACCAGAAAUCAUAUCAAAUGCUCAAGUUAGAACUAAGAAUCAAAUAAAAAAAAUGAUGAAUUCUAUUUCUGAGUCAAACUGGAUUAUGAAACCAAUUGAGAAUUGUAUAUUAAAGCUUGAAGCAAGAAUAGCGUCCUGCUAUAUUCAAAUGUUAAAAUUAGCUACUGCAAUUAAUAGGCUUCCCUCCAGCAAAACUUUAAAUUUCCUAUUACAAAAUUUACAAUCACCGCAAAAAUUUGAUCAUGAAGCAUGUUUAUUCCCAUUAUAUCAUGGACGUGAAUUAAAUGAUAAAGCUUUUCAAAUUUCAUGUCGUGUUGCAACUAAAUAUUGGCAGACGCAUGAUCCUCCAUUUAAUUUGGACUAUGAUUCAAAGUCUGAACCACUGCUUGCUUGGUGGCUAACAUAUGAAAUGCCUUUAGUUUCUCUUGCAGUCAAAGAUGUUUUCAAAUUACACCUAGCAAAGCAGUAUGUGAAAGAAAUUUCUCAGUUCUUAAAUGGUUUUAUGGUGAUUGCAGGACUCGUUUGGAUAUUAGUAGAAUUGAAAUUAAUGUCAAUGAUACAUUCUUUUUGGAUAACAAAUGCUAAAAAAGAAAUUACGGCUGAUGGUUUGCGGAAUUGUACUCAAAUCUCGACUGUUAUGGACGAAUUUGAUGAGCUUAAUGAAUAUGAUGACGCAGUGGUCGUGCACCUGGAUCUUACAUCACUUAAUAUUAGUUUAAUAGUUAAUUUAGAUCACGUCUAA